AUGCAGAGAGAAUUGGAUUCUGUAAUUUGUCCUUAUGACAGAAGUCAUAUAAUUGAUCGAUCAAGAUUGCAACGGCACUUGGUUAAAUGCUCAAAGAAUUUUCCGCCCAAUUACAAAGAAACAUGUCCAUUUAAUGCUACGCACUUGAUGUCGGAAUCGGAAUUGAAAAUACACAUAAAAAAUUGUCCAGACAGAAAAUAUAUCGAUCAUGAUCAAUUUCGUUUUGUGUUGAAAAAUCAUGGAUCAAUUAAUUCCUUGCCACCAUCCAUUGCUGAAAGUAGUAUUGACCAUUACGACGAAUCAUGGAAUGAUUGUUUGUCAGAUGCCUUCACUGCUACAUCAAUUGUUAGCGGAAAUUCUAGAAAUUCUGAUAUAGUUAGUCCAAUGCCAAAAUUGAGAAAACCCAAGGGACGAUCCGAAGUUUGUAUGGUAGAAUAUACCGAAGAAUCAAAUGCUGAAGACAUCGAUUCUGUUGUCAGCAGUGCGUACGCUCAAGGUCGUGGAAAAUUUAUACAACAAAGACAGAAAGCCGAAUAUUUAUCAAGAGUUGGUAGACGUUUAAAACCAAUUACUGAUGACUUGGAAAUGGGAGCAUCGGCGAUUACUGACGUCGAAGAUACCGAGUCUGUCGUUAGUUUUGUUAACGGUGUAGGUCGUGGACAAAUUUAUGGUUUUACAGGAAGAAAAUAUGUCACUAAAUAUGAUAGUGAUACUGAUGACUCGAGAUCUACUAUUAGUACCAUCGGUCGUGGCAAACCAUUUAGACUUUAAUUUUUUUUUAAGUUUCUAUUUUUUUUUUUUUUCCUUUUUUUACAUACCAUGUAGUAUGUUAUUAA